AUGAAGGACCCCAAGUUGAGUGGUGAUUGGCAUGUGGUACAAAAAGUAAUACCCAGGAACUGGUAUGAUGUUCCAGAGUUGUCCUUACAACAUGAAGAUGAAGAUAUAGAUGAGGACAAUACAUAUGAAACUGAAGAUGAGGAAGAUGUUGAUUUAGUUGUCUAUUACAAUGAGCAAGAUGUGAAUCCAUUGCACAUGGAAGAUGUUGAACCAGAAUAUGUUGACCCAAUUGUUGAUCCAACACACAAUGCUGAAGUUGAUCAAUUAGAUGAUGAAUUUGUUAUUGAUGAUGACGAUACAAGUGAAGAUGAUACGUUAAUUGAUUAUUGUGAUGAUUGGGAAGAUGAAGAUGAAGAUAAAGAGGAAGAGGAAGAGAUUUUGUGCACUGAUAAUGAUACUGAUGCUAAAGAAGCCCUCUGUACCGUCCCUGUUCGCUCUCUCAGAUUUCUUAGCCAAAGUCUCUCUUCAACCUCUGUUUAUUUGAUCAGAUCAGAUCCUCUGUGGACACGAGCACGAUUCGCGACUUCUCUCGCUGGAGGCGUUGAUGGCUCUACUGCCAGGCAUGAGAUUUCGGCGACGGAGGAGUUGGCGGCGAAGACUAAUUCGAUGAUUGUGAAUUCGUUCCAGAAGAUUUCUCUCUUAGUUCUUCCGCGAAGAGAAUCGUAUGCCGGAUUCUCUGCUCCUCCUGGUCUUUAA